GUCAUAUCAAAAUCUGGACGGCAUUUCACUGCCACAGCCACAAGGGACUUCCAAUGUCGGUCGACUGUGGUACAACUCCAGACAAUCCAUGUCUGCCAUGACCUGAGUCAGAAACUCCCGAACCAAGCUCACCUCGACUCGACUUGUCUGGUUAAUGGCUGGCACUGACAACAAAACAUGAGCGAACCCCCUCUUUCGCCCGUGCAGAGUGCAGCUCUCUUCGACAUCUUGACGCAUUAUGAUACAUAUGCAGAAAUCCGGGAGUUCCGACGUCCUGGCAGCCUUGCACACUAUGGCCCUCCAUUUACCGCAGAGGCCAACAAGCCGUCGACGUCGCCAGCUCUCCAGAUUCUGGUCUCCAAGUUCCUAUUGACCUUGCCAGGGUUGAAGGACGUGCCGACCAACUUCUGGAAGGUCCAGUGUAGGGACAUCAUCGAUCAUUUGGAAAAGGCCAAUCUUUCAGAGAGCUAUGACAAGGGUGUCAUUGGCAUUCGAAAGACCUUGGCUACGGCUGUUUCAGCCUUGAUCGAGUAUCCCGUACGAGGCACUUAUGGUGGAUUUCCUCAGUCCACGUGCCAGAAUCCCAAAUACGAUGUUACCAAUGCUGAAGAUCUUAGCCGGGCGUUCCGGGAUUUCAUGAAUGGAGCUAUCUAUGGAAAUGUAUUGGAAGACCUAGUUGCAAAGACCGCUGAAACAGACAAUCUGGAUGAUCAUGAACCUCUGAGCAAGGCGCUGCAUGAAUAUGUCCUCGUGAACCUAGCGUCAUUCAUGCACUAUACACUGAUUUUAUCGCCAAAGGGUCAAUAUCUCCUGAAAUUGAUUGACAAUGCCAACAAAUUGGUUCCAUAUAUGGUACUAAAGCAAACACUACGAAUCGGAAAUGUUGCGUCGAUGAUCCAAGCUAUGGUCAAGGUCGGAUUGGCCAAAGUUAGUGUCGCCAGCGUGACUAACUGGAUGGGACUGACCCAACAUCAAGACGAAGGGAUGAAUCUCAUGCAAACAAUCAUAUCUACAGUUCUUCACUGGGACAUUAAAGAUCUACAUUCCCGAAGCACCAAGAUCGAAGCCGAGCUAUCCAAAACAGCCAAACACCAGCUCUCGAUCCUCAAAGAAUAUACGCACAAGCCACAACACGAGCAGGACCAGAUCCGCAAAGACAGUCAAACGCAUUCGAGUUCAAUCGUAGUAAGCAUUCUCAAGCGUCACAACAUAACCAGCGAAAUCAGCGAAGCACAGCAUAAACAGUUUCUCGAAUAUCUUUCAGUCCAACUCUCGAUCCGCGACCGGAGACAACUAAUCAAAGUCCUUUGCCACGGAACACCAGAUCAUCUGACACUGUCAGUACGACAACUAGUAGAUGCAUACGAGCCCGUAAUCCGAAGAGCGCACAAGGCUAUCGACCUCUCUGCAACUCUGGGCGACUUUGAAUAUUUCCUGAAGGAUCUGAUAAAACUAGGCCGAAUCCCCAGCACCGACAAAGGAACAUCAUCAUCAUCAUCAUCAGCACCCGUACCCACCGUCGGGGACUUCGUACAACUCCUCCGCAAACACCAACGAUCAUGUCACGUAUUCCUACACCAAUGCUGCAAAAACGACAAAGAACUAACCGGCUGGUACGUCGAGUGGGCCAAAUACGCCGCGACACAAUUCAAACGCGACAUGGACGACCAUCCCACCAUCAAAGCCGACGACCCCAUGGUCACCGAAAAGGGAGCCGGGUCACUAACCCCAUCACUCCACCGCAUGUUCGAGUCCUUGACCGAGGAGAAACGCCAGCAAAUCAUUCCCGUACUCGACACACACAGUGAAUUCCUACAAAAGAUGCAUCAACAAUCAGCGGCACGACUGGCACACGUAUUAAAAUCACCUCCGUCCAAAACCCCCGCUAUUGCAAAGAUCUUCUCUUCGUCUGCAGCGACUAGUCGUCCGUCGUCACGGUCAUCUAGUCCUGGGCCGGGAGGUUUGUCUAAUAAUGCUAACAGCCAUCAAUUUGCCAAUUUCAUUAAUUCUAUCACAUCCUCGGCUUCAGAGAUGAGUAUCACCGGCAAAAACGGUCACGGUCACGGUCACGGUCACGGUCACGGUCACAAUUCUAGCUCUGGUUCACCGGCACUAGUCGAAUCCACAUCCCCUGGACCAGGCGCAUAUCUUGCGCGUUGGCAGGCUUUACUCGACGCCACGGCAAUUACACCCUUGACGCCGUCCGGCACACCCAAGAGUGCAGCUAGUCCUGACGUGGUGCAGAACAGUGCCACCGAUGUCGAUGGCACGAAGUUGGUCCAGUUCGGUGAUAAUGAGGCUCGUGGCGAUAAUAUUCGUGUCGUGUCAGACGGAGGUGCUGGGAUAGGAAAAUCCAGUGACAAGGAUAAGGAUAAAGAUAGAGAUAAGGCCAAUGCUGGCGGAAUUGGAGGAAAUACACUUGAGAGACAGAAAGGAUUGCGCAUUGUGGUGGAGGCCAUGAGGGACGAUUUUCGUAGACUUUUGGCUGAGAAAGGUUGUAACUGGUAGCACUAGCAUGAGAACGAGUAUGAGAACGAGGAUGAGCAUACUGG